AUGUCCCUUCGGAACAAGAAAACCACCCGCAGUUGGAUAGAGAGCACGUUUCAGAAGCGGGAGUGUAAAUAUUUCGUGCCUAGCGCCAAGGACGAGCAUGUAUGCUGGUGUGGUUUGAGCAAAACCGCCCAUGGCUCAAACGCGGCCACUGCGGCGCCGGGGGAGGCGUGGGUCCCAGCGAGGCACACGCAGUCAGCACCAACCGACGCCUACGGAACCGUCGAGUUCCAAGGCGGGCCACAUCCCACAAAAGCUCAGUACGUCCGUCUAUCCCACGACACACGACCCGACCUGAUUGUUCAACUGCUGACGAGGGAAUGGGCGCUGGAUCGGCCGAAGCUCCUGAUUACCAUCCAAGGUGGAAAAGCCAAUUUCGACUUGCAACCGAAGCUGAAGAAAGUGCUGAGGAAAGGUUUGCUGAAGGCCGCCAAGACCACGGGCGCUUGGAUCUUCACCGGGGGAACCAACACUGGAGUGACUCGUCAAGUUGGUGAUGCCCUACAGCUGGAGCGGUCGCAGCGAGCUGGUAGGGUAGUCAGCAUUGGAAUUGCUCCUUGGGGUAUUGUGGAAGGCGCUCACGAACUAAUAGGAAGGGGACGCGAUGUACCAUACCACGCUAUUGCAUCACCUAGAUCGAAGCUGGCCGUGCUGAACAACCGUCACGCUUACUUCCUGCUGGUGGACAAUGGCUCGGUGGGCAGAUACGGUGCGGAGAUCGUGCUCCGCAGGAAACUGGAGAAGUACAUCGCCGCGCAGAAACUUCACCCCUACACACACUCGUCCACGCCGGUCGUGUGCCUGGUCAUCGAAGGCGGCACGAACACUGUGCGCGCGGUGUUGGAGUACGUCACCGACACACCGCCCGUCCCCGUCGUGGUGUGCGACGGCAGCGGCAGAGCGGCGGACCUCAUCGCCUUCGUCCACAAGUAUGCAUCGGAGACCGGGGAGCAGACGGUCCUAGAAUCAAUGCGGGACUACCUCAUCGGGACCAUCCAGAAGACCUUCGAGGUGGGGCUGCAGCAGGCGGAGUGCCUCUACAGCGAACUGCUGCAGUGCACGAGGAAAAAAAACUUGAUCACCGUCUUCAGGAUUCAAGAGAGGGCCGAAGGUGGCGAAGUCCAAGAGCUGGACCAGGUCAUACUGACUGCGCUGUUCAGAGCACAGCACCUGUCACCAAGCGAGCAGCUCUCCCUUGCCCUGACCUGGAACAGAGUGGACAUCGCCAGGUCGGAAAUCUUCGUGUACGGUCAAGAAUGGCCUCCGGGGGCUCUGGACGAGGCGAUGAUGCAAGCUUUAGAGCACGACCGAAUAGAUUUCGUUAAGCUGCUUCUGGAGAAUGGCGUGUCCAUGAGGAAGUUCCUCACCAUCCCGCGGCUGGAGGAGCUUUACAAUACGAAGAGCGGCCCAAGUAACACCCUGCGCUACAUACUGAGGGACGUGAGGCCGCAUCUACCCAGGGGCUACGUGUACACCCUACACGACAUUGGCCUAGUUAUUAACAAGCUCAUGGGCGGCGCGUACAGGUGCUACUACACCCGGCGGAAGUUCCGUCCGAUCUACGCCAAGGUCAUGAACAAGAGCGUCAACGUGCACCGGAACAGCGCGUCAUUCACGCGGCACAACGCCGGAGGUCUGUCCCUCAUCACCGGCUUCAUGCCCGUGACGUCAGAGAUGGCCCUCUUCGACUAUCCCUUCAACGAGCUGCUCAUGUGGGCAGUGUUAACUAAGCGACACCAGAUGGCGCUGCUAAUGUGGACUCAUGGCGAAGAGGCUCUGGCCAAAUCUCUGGUUGCCUGUAAGCUAUACAAGGCAAUGGCACACGAAGCUGCAGAGGAUGAUAUGGAAACAGAAGUAUACGAGGAGUUGAGGCAUUACGGAAAAGAAUUUGAAACGAAAGCGCUGGAGCUCUUGGACUAUUGCUACCGUCAGGAUGACGACCAAGCUCAGCAGCUGCUGACUUGCGAACUGCAGAACUGGUCCGGCCAGACUUGUCUGAGCCUCGCAGUCGCCGCGAACCACCGCGCCCUCCUCGCUCACCCUUGCUCUCAGAUCAUACUCGCAGACCUCUGGAUGGGAGGCCUGAGGACGAGGAAGAACACCAACCUCAAGGUAAUUCUGAGCCUGCUGUGUCCGCUGUACAUUCUUCAACUGGAGUUCAAGUCGAAGGAGGAACUUCAGCUGAUGCCGCAGACAGAGGAAGAGCACAUGGAAAACGAGAGUAUGGAAGACGAUAGGAGCACCAAGGACCCUAACGACGCCGAGGCGUUGAUUGGCUCAGGGGCCGAAUGCGACACACGUGUCGAUCAGAAUGGGAAAGUUGGUAAAAUAGGGUGGGAGCCCUCGUACAGGGAGCUACCUGAAUACCACGCGCCCGAGGACAAGCGGAUGAGGCCUCUGCGGCUCAGGAAGAAGAUCUACGAGUUCUUCACCGCGCCGAUCACGAAGUUUUGGGCCGACUCCAUCGCCUAUAUUCUGUUCCUUCUGAUGUUUACAUAUACAGUAUUAGUCAAGAUGGACCUGACGCCAUCGUGGCCAGAGAUUUACUCUAUAUGUUAUAUUUUAACGUUCUUAUGUGAGAAGAUAAGGGAAAUUAUUACGUCCGAACCAGUUGCUAUUAGACAUAAGUUCAGUGUGUGGGCGUGGAAUAUGUGGAACAUUUACGACGCAGGCUUCAUUAUAUUUUUCCUCGUCGGUCUAACUCUACGACUAAGAGUCAGCUCUAUGGACGUCGGUAGAGUCAUAUACUGCGUAGAUAUAAUUUAUUGGUAUUUAAGGAUACUCAAUAUUUUGGGUGUCAAUAAAUAUUUAGGUCCAUUGGUAACGAUGAUGGGUAAAAUGGUAAAGAAUAUGAUAUACUUCGUGGUGCUAUUAUUAGUCGUACUGAUGUCGUUUGGUGUGGCGCGGCAGGCUAUACUCUACCCUGAUAAGGAAGCUAGUUUGUAUUUAAUCAGAGAAGUGUUCUUCCAACCCUACUUCAUGCUUUACGGUGAGGUGUUCGCCGAACAAAUGGCGCCGCCGUGCGGGCUGCCCGGCCUGGAGAAGUGUCGGGUCGGCCAUUGGGUGCCGCCCGUUGUCAUGAGCGUGUACCUACUCAUCGCCAACAUUUUACUUGUCAACCUUCUCAUAGCCGUUUUCAAUAACAUCUUCAUCGAGGUCAACGGAGUGUCGCACCAGAUUUUCUUCCAACCAUACUUCAUGUUGUACGGCGAAGUUUUCGCUUCUGACAUCGACCCCGACUGUGGUCUGGACAUAUCGGACCGCAAAUGCGUCACCGGCCGAUGGAUCACGCCGAUUGCGAUGACAAUCUACCUGCUAGUGGCCAAUAUUUUGCUCAUAAACCUCCUCAUAGCAGUCUUUAACAAUAUCUUUAACGAAGUCAAUGAAGUCUCGCAUCAGGUAUGGAUGUUCCAAAGGUUCACUGUAGUCAUGGAAUAUGAACAGAAACCGGUGUUACCACCUCCUCUCAUCAUAUUCUGUCACAUAUAUGCCACCUGUAAAUGGGUGACGAGAAAUGUGUCCCAUAAGCGGUUCCAAUAUGACAAUGGUUUGAAAUUAUUCUUGGAAAAGGAAGAUAUGGAGAGGCUAUAUGAUUUCGAGGAGGAAUGUGUCGAAGGCUAUUUCAGGGAACAAGAAGUUAAAUUAUCCAAUUCAAUCGAAGAAAGAGUGAGAAGCACAACAGACAGAGUAGAACAUAUAACAACGAAAAUGGAAGAUUUGAAUCAGAAAGCAAAUUGUCAAAUUCAAUCUGUACAGAGCGUAGAAUUUAGGUUGAGAAAGCUAGAAGACGUAGCCGAACAAACUAUGAACCAUUUGGCGGUGAUACAUCGAUUCAUGGCAACCCAUCCUUCGUUAGUGAAUCGAGGUUCAACAGACACGCUGGGGCCGCCGCCACCAACAUUUCAAGCUGGUGGUGCUAGGCUAAGGACUGCAAGUGAUAGAUCAGAGGUGCUGUCAGACAGCGACACGGGUGCGGCCCGAUUCGUCGUCCGCCCUGUGCAAGAGGAGGACGAGCAAGCCUCGCAGCCCUCGGACGACGAGCUCCCCCAAUCGGGGCCGGAAGUUGCGCCUGAGAAAGAGGCGGAGGCGGAUUCUAUAUCGACCUCUUCGGCGGGCAGUGUCGCUGCCCCAGACGUGACGGUUAUAAAACCUGCAGUACCCGCGACGCCCGCGCGCCAAAGAUCAUCCGACAGCAACAGAACCGAGCCCAGCGAUGAAAAGAAAGUACCGUCGACGGCGGACGAUGCAUUCUUGCCGGAAGUGCGAGAAGUGCCCUCCGAUACCCACAGCCUCCGGCCUAGGACCACGUCUGCAGGAACACGUCGCACCGCGAACACUAGACGACGGUCGGAAGGUGGUAACGAAUGCGGCAUGGGUGGUCACCAUUCUGUCCAACAUCUGGCCCCCCGAAGGCAACACAGUCAGACCCACUCUGAACCGGACAACUCUGCCGUGGAUGCUUGUUCCCUGCACAAUUCUGUGACAGGUCGCCAGUCGGGCUGGGAGGCGACCGGUGGUGCCGCUGGUGUGUCAUCAGGUCGCACCAGGGUCGGUGGAGCCCCACGCUCCUUGCUGCUGGCCAUGCACGAGUAUACCAGCAUAACCGACGAACUGGAAACCGUCUAUGGCCUGUUCUCACCACCGCACACGCCAAGGACACCAAUAACGUCUCGUCUCCUGUCUCCCGCUAGAGCGGCGUCACCCACUCUUCGGAGGCGUCACGCCAGCGAAAUGUCCAACCCGGAAUUUGCGCUUUUCAUGGAGAAGGAGCACUUGAGGGGAGCCGAAGAGGACGACUACAUCAUCAUGGAGAAUCUUAUACAGCGGCGCCUAGAAAUGGAGUCUAUACUGGGCAGAUACGAGGAGGAGGACGGCGCUGAAGCCGAUGGUGCCGGCGUGAACGCGGUCAGCAUCAGCGUGUGCGUGAACGCCAGCGAGGAGCCCAAAAGGGCGUCGCAGAACUCUCAGCUGCUCACGGUUUCCGACCGCCGCUUGAUACAUCAGAGGCACUCGCUACGGCGGUCGUCGGCAAUCGACAGCCGCGAGCUACCGUCACCUCUACAUCCACUUUUGGGGGACGAAACGUGCGGGGAGGUUCUUCUACCAGUACCCAGACAGCCAUCGGGCGAAACGAACGCAUCUAGCGACAUCUCGCUCUCGCACAUGCUCAGCGAGAACCUGCCACCGCGGCCGUCGAUAGUGCUGGACUCCUCGCAGCUGCCGCGGCAGCGCUCUGCCGAGAACGCCUCGCAGCCGCAGCCGCCCACCGCCUCGAGGCCGGAGACGAUGUGC